UUUCACUUUUUUCUUAUUUCCCCCCAGUUUUGCUCCCAUCAAUUUUGCUCUUUUAUUUAUUCCAAGCCUUCAUUCAUUGCCUUUCCUUUCCUUUCCUUUCCUUUCCUUUCCUUUCCUUUCCUUUCCUUUUUUUUUUCUUUUUUUCUUUUCCUCCCUCAACUUCAUCUCUAGACAAUUUUGAACCAUCCUGCUACUGAAUUAUCAUCCUUUAGCAUUUUUAUCAACCUUUCCCUAUUUUCUGUCCUCUGUCUAUUUACGCCCUUGUUUUUAAACAGGUUUGAAAACACAAUGGGAAGCAGCAGAACACCAUCACGAUGCCCAUCACCUCGAACUGAACCGUAUGAAAAGAAAGAAAGAAAAGGGGAAGCGAAGGAAGAGUCUUCAAGCACCAAUGACCCUAAAAUCCUCGAGCCAACCGAGCUAAAGAUUUUUUGUAUUGUUGAUGGAGAAGCAACUUCUUUUUCUGUAAAGAUUCUUUCCAAUUGUUCAGUCGAUGAACUCAAGCAAGUCAUCAAGGCAGCGAAGAAAAAUGCAUUUAAGGAUAUUGACGCUGACCAGCUCACCCUCUACAGGGUCUCUAUUCCUGACGAAGACAAGAUCGUCGUUGAGUCAGAAAUCGAGUCAAAAGAGGCUCUUACAGUCGCGUCAAGGAAGCUUAGGGACAUAUUUAUUUCCGAACUUCCAGAGGAAACGAUCCAGGUUUUUGUCAAGCCACCGCAGCGAGUCAUCGGAACAGAUUCUCAAGAGAAAAAUGGACGAAGAUCCACAGUAUAUUUCACCUUCAAAGAAGAUACGCAUUGAGGAAGGGUGGAGAGAAUACAGAGCUUCUGAUGGCAAAAUGGUCACGUUACCACCCUCUUGGAUCGCAAUGCUGGAGAAUCCUGAAGACCCGCCCGAUGCACGUAAUAAGUUUAAUCAUCUGAAAAGCGAUAAUCAGCUUGGUGAUCAAGUUCACAUUCCAUCCUUGGGCCUCACACCGA